AUGCAGAGGUGUGCUGGGCCUGUCUGCAUCCCUUUCUUAAGUGUAGACUAUAAAGCAAUGCAGUCUAGGUCCGAUUGUUUGAAAUGCACACCAAUCCCUCGACAUUCCCCAGAGUCUCAGAGACACCUCAGGCUCAGACCUUCAGACCUUAGAAAGCCAGAGGUGGGGGGCGCGGGCCGGUGUUGUCUUAGAGGGCCCACAAGCACUUCCAUUUCCCAGGGAGCCAGACUGCGCAUGUGCCUGCUUCAGAGUUUCCUGUUUGAAAGUCCACGCCUGCGCGCUCCCCCCCUUCUCCAGCCCUAUACUGUGAACUCUCGCGAGACCACCAGAGUCCGCCUUUUUCUCACGCUCUGCCCCUCCCCCAUUCGCGCUCACAACUGUGGCUUUCUCAGAAGUGUUUGUUGGCUACGCUAUGUUUCUUGUCUUGUUGCUGCUUUCUGGGCUUCUCAAAGACCUCCUGUAGGAAAGUGGGGUGACAACUUCAGAUCCGGGGGGCUGCUAGAACAGGUUCGGCCCUGCUACAGUAGUUCACGUAGACCUUGGGCCAUGUUGGCCUUAUCUAUGAUGAAGAGCAUGUUUCUGUCCUUUGAAGUUUCUGUGGCGCCUAUGCAAAUGCAUCAUCCUUGGUGCCCAGCAAACACAUCUACAUCUGGAAAGGACCAUAGUGGUUUACAGCCUUCUUAUCAAGGGCUAACUAAGAGUCAGCGCAUAUUUUCUGGAAGGGGGAGGCCUGUCUGUGAGCUUUGCGCAAACAGUUCUCAUCAAACGUUUCUAUCGAUCACAGUUCCAUUAAAGAUCUCAUCACCAUCAAGUGAAUUUUUGGAACCAAAAUAUGUAUCUUAUGUCAUUACAAUAGAGGGGAAGCCAUAUACUUUGCUCCUAAAACAAAAAAUAUUUUUACCUCAUGAUUUUAGGAUUUAUACUUACAAUGAAGAGGGAUUUUUAAACUCCCCUGUUCCUUUUUUUGAGAAUUUUUGCUUCUACCAAGGGCAUGUGGCAGAUUUCCCAAACACACUUGUGACACUUAGCACGUGUUCUGGAAUCAGAGGUUGGUUACAAUUUGAAAAUUUCACAUAUGGAAUUGAGCCUCUGGAGUCUUCAGCAGGAUUUGAGCAUGUGGUUUAUCAAGUAAGAAAUGAAAACAGAGAUGUCUUUCUAUAUUCUGAAAAGGACAUGGAUUUAAACUCAAGAAAGUUGCCUUAUGAAUCCCAGAUGGUUAAUUCCCAGUUAGAUUAUUUAUCAUCUUUCUCUGGGUAUCUAGAAAUGCAUGUUGUAGUGGAAAAAAAUCUGUAUAAUUUUAUGGGAUCUGAUGCAAACCUUGUUACUCAGAAAAUUGCCAUGGUUAUUGGACUUGUCAGCACAAUGUAUAGCUCGCUUAACUUGACUGUUGUACUGUCGUCCUUGGAGUUCUGGAUAGACAAAAAUAAAAUUAGUACUUCUGGAGAAUCUGAUGAAUUAUUGAAGAGAUUUUUAAAGUGGAAAGAAUCUUAUCUUGUUCUAAGGAGGCAUGAUGUGGCAUUUUUAUUCACUUAUAGGAAUAGAUUUAAAUAUGUGGGAGCGACAUUUCAAGGAAAGAUGUGUGAAAGAAACUAUGCCGGUGGUGUUGCUAUGUAUCCAAGAACAUUAAGUCUGGAGGCAUUUUCAAUUAUUAUUGCUCAAUUACUAGGUCAUAAUAUGGGAAUAGCUUAUGAUGAUGUUGAAAGGUGUCACUGUUCAAGAGCUGUCUGCAUAAUGAACCCAGAAGCAGUGAAGGCCAAUGGUGUGAAGGUAUUUAGUACCUGUAGUAUUGCAGACUUUAAGAAUUUUAUAUCAACAAAAAAAGCUGAGUGUCUUCAGAAUCGACCACACUUAGAUCCAUCUUACAGGACAUCCACUUGUGGCAAUGGCAUCCUGGAAAUUGGUGAAGAAUGUGACUGUGGCUCUGAUCAAAGUUGCAUUCCAUGUUGUGAUAUUGCUAAUUGUAGACUGAAAAGUGGAGCAAUGUGUGCCCAAGGAGAGUGCUGUCAAAACUGUCAGUUUCGUCAAAGAGGUACACAAUGUAGAGAACGUGCUGAUGUGGACUGUGAUCUCCCUGAAUAUUGUAAUGGAUCCUCUCAAUUCUGUAUGCCUGACUUAUAUGUUCAAGAUGGACAUAAUUGCCGUAACAGAACGGCUUAUUGCUAUAAAGGAAAAUGCCCAGAUCCACAUGAACAGUGUAGAGAAAUAUUUGGUCAAGAUUCAGCUUUUGGUGCUAAUGAAUGUUUUGAAGAACUUAAUAGUAAGGCAGAUCGGUCGGGACACUGUGGUCGUACUCAAACAGGAUUCAGACAGUGCCGAUGGAAGGACCUCAUCUGUGCAAAAGUAAUGUGUCAAUAUACAAGUUCAGUACCAUUUUUUAAUACACAAGCAACUGUCAUUUAUGUUAAUGCAGAUGAACAUCACUGUAUCACCUUAGACUUUCCAACAAGUGAUGAUUCUAAGGACCCUAUGUGGGUACGUAAUGGAGUCACUUGUGGUUAUAAAAAGGUUUGUUUGAACCGGCAUUGUGUGGAACUUACUGCCCUGGGAUUUGACUGUCAUAUUAGAAAAUGCAUGGGGCGUGGGGUUUGCAAUAAUCUAAAACACUGUCACUGUGAAGAUGGGUGGCUCCCUCCACACUGUACCAUUCCAACCUAUGGAUUAGGAGGAAGUAUUGACAGUGGAAUUCAUUCAAAAUCUGAUUUAUUUGCAACGUCUUCAGAUCACAGAUCUAAAAACUGGGGCAUCAUAAUUGGCUUUCCCAUAGCAGUUAUUUUUAUAAUGGCAAUAAUUUUAGCAAUAAUAUUUUUUCGCCAAGGCAAGAAAUGUAGAUGUAUACUUCAGGACGCACCAAGUGAUGAGGCAUUUCCAGAGGACAAGCAUUCAGAAGAAGCCAAGGACAAUCCAGACAUUUAA